UGCUCAUCAGGCGCAGGUGCGUGGACUUGCUCCCCACGCAGCUUGAUGACGGGACAUUGGCGCCUUCGGAGGCACACCGCCAAACUACAAGAAGCAGAGAGGAUCUAGCAAGCGGAUGAUAUCGGCUUUUUUUCUUUUUUCUUUUACCCACCACCACCACCACCACCACCACCCCGCUGCCCGCCCCUCUUCUCACCGGGACAACAUGCAGGUUGGACUGGACGUGGAUCCUCCAUCGCGGCGUUGAAUUUCUAGCAGCGGCGGCGAUCGGCAUCGACAUGAGGACAUCAUCCCGGCUGUGUUGCGUUUGAAACGUAAGGGGAAGAAAAAAGAAGGGGGGGCAAUUUCUUCAGCUGUCAAGGACGCUACAAAUUUUUUUUUUUUAAAAAUCGGGAGAUAAAAGUGGAAGCGGCAUGGAGCAGGACGACACCGCGGACGCGUCCAAGAAGAGCAUCAUGGCGACAAUCUUCAAAGUUCGCAAGAGGAGGGAGAUGCUUUUUGUGCAGGUGUGCUUCAUCUGCAGUGUCCUCUUCGUGGCGUGGACCAUGUCGGCGCUCUUGACUAAAACAGGCUACGGCAUGAUCGUGGAGGACCGUCCCGACGUGGAGCGCUGGGGCAGGCGGCUAAUGGCCUCAGCAGCCGAAAAUGACACGGAACCCAAGAACUGUUCGGAACCAGCAAUACGCGAGUUCCCCGUUGACCUUUUCAGCAACAACGAGCGGAAGAGCGGCGCCGUCCUGCUCCACAUUGCGGCGGCCCUCUACAUGUUCCUGGCCCUCGCUAUCACAUGUGACGAGUACUUUGUCACGUCACUGGAGAAGAUCUGUGAGAAACUUCACCUCAGUGAAGACGUCGCCGGCGCCACCUUCAUGGCAGCUGGCAGCUCUGCGCCCGAGCUUUUUGCCUCGGUCAUAGGUGUCUUCAUCACCCAUGGAGACGUGGGGGUGGGGACCAUUGUUGGCUCAGCCGUCUUCAACAUCCUGUGCAUCAUUGGAGUCUGUGGGAUCUUUGCAGGACAGGUGGUCAUGUUAACUUGGUGGGCAGUUUUCCGAGAUUCCUUCUACUACAUCCUGUCCGUCAUCGCUCUUAUUGCAUUCAUCUACGACGAGAAGAUUGUGUGGUGGGAGAGUUUAGUCCUGGUGGUCAUGUAUGCAGGGUACAUCCUGAUCAUGAAGUUCAACUCCAGCAUGCAGUCGUUCUUCAUGGGCAGCUCCAAGAAGAACGUGGCCAACGGCAACGCGGCGGCCAGCAGUGAGAUGGAGGACGUGAAGCCCACCAAGGCUUACAGCCGCGGCUCCGUGGUGAUGGUGGACGAGAUCAUGAACGCCAGCCCUUCCAAGUUCCGCUUUCCCGAAGCGGGCCUGCGCGUCAUGGUGACCAGCCACUUUGGACCCAAGACCCGCCUGCGCAUGGCGAGCCGCCUCAUCAUCACAGAGAAGUUGGUGCAGGCGUCCAACGGCGUGGAGACGCAAGUGAUCGACGGGAAGGCCGAGAUCGAGAACGGGAACGUGCCGGAGGACAAACCCACCGAGGACGAGGAAAGCGGCAUCUCCCCGUUUCGUAUUCCCAAGGGAGUCGGCAACAAGUUCAAGUGGUUGAUCGCAUGGCCUUUGCUGCUUUUGUUGUUCCUCACCGUCCCAAACUGUGGCAAACCUCGCUGGGAAAGAUUCUUCAUGCUCUCCUUCAUCCUCUCCACCGUCUGGAUCGCCGUCUUCUCCUACUUUAUGGUCUGGAUGGUGACUAUAAUUGGCUACACUCUGGGCAUCCCUGACGUCAUCAUGGGCAUCACCUUCCUGGCAGCGGGCACCAGCGUGCCGGACUGCAUCGCCAGCCUCAUCGUGGCUCGCCAAGGUCUGGGAGACAUGGCCGUGUCCAACACUAUUGGGAGUAACGUCUUCGACAUCCUGGUCGGACUCGGGGUCCCCUGGGCUAUUCAAACCAUGUGUGUGGAUUACGGAUCCGAGGUGAUGAUCAACAGUCGGGGACUUUUGUAUUCAGUGGUGCUUCUGCUGGGCUCUGUGGCCCUCACAGUUCUCGGGAUUCACCUGAACAAGUGGAGGCUGGACCCCAAGCUGGGCAUCUACGCCUUGCUUCUGUACGCCGUCUUCCUCUGCUUCUCGGUCAUGAUCGAGUACAACGUCUUCACCUUCGUCAACCUGCCCAUGUGCUUCGAGGACUAACGCAGCCAGGAAACCCCCACCCCCCUGAAAAGCUCCCAAACGCCUCCUCCUUGGACCUAUCUCUCUCCCCUCGUAUUGUUCAGUCCCACGUUUGUCCACCGGGUGGCACACUUGAGCCGUGUCCCCUGGCCACGGACCCGACGGCAGGGUAGCGGACCUUCAUGCUGGUUCAGGGCCUUGCCUGUUCCUGCGGGGUUUUUUUUGUCCAAAUCUUUCCACUUCGCAUGUCUCCAGACCCGUCUUUUCGCGUCACACCAUGGAAGAAUCCUCAAAAAGGUUAACCGAGAACUCCAGGACCCAAAGAGACAAGCACACUAUUUAUCUUUAAGACCCCCCCUGGAGGCGGGCCUUGUCUUUGGCAGCUCCAGCAUGGACUUCACUGUCCUGGCGUGACCUGUGACACCAGGAAUUAAGACACUCUCCGACUCUUAAAUCACCUGCAACUUUUGUUUUCUCACCUUUUUUUUUUUUGAUUGCAAAAAAAACAACAAAAAAACCAACUUGAAGCUCGUUUUUUCGGAGAUACGAGCGACCACAGGGGGGCGCUGUCGUCAUUCAGCCACGGCUUCUGUUGCACUUUUCCAUGCAGAGGCGGAGCUUGACUGUCUGCUAUUGCGUCCUACGGCCAGCAGAGGGUGCCAAACCCCAGCAUUAGUCAGUCAUCAGGGACAGCACCAGGGGGCGCUACGAUCUUGAAUUUGCGGUGGUAUGUAGAUACUGCACUUUAACACUCAUUCUCAAUCAACUAGUGCUUCCUUCUCUGUGAGUGUGAGUUGUCAGAGUGUGUGUGUGUGUGUGUGUGUGUGGCCCCACGCUUGUUGACUCUAUACCAUGAGCACACCCGCCUCUUGUCUGCAGUGCAUGCUGGGACGUUAAAUGCAGUACCGCCCCCACCCACCCCAAACUUUCGAAGCACAGCAAAGGAAAAAAAAAAAAAAAAAGGCUGAUUGCUCCCGGUGCAUCUCCAGCUUUACACACACACACACACACACACACACACACACACACACACACACACACACACACACACACACACACACACA